AUGGCGGCACAGCCCCGCCUAACGGCCGCCGGCCCUUCUACGCAUGCGCGGAGCAAGGCCACGGUCAAGGGCAGGGCCGUGAAGUCGGCGAUAGAGGAGUACCGCAAGAAGAAAGCGGUGGAUCACCUGAAAACAAACCUGCUGUACAUGACAAAGGGACGGUAUAUUGCAGACAAAGCUGUUACACAGCAAGUUCUUGCCCAAAACAGCGGCAGGAAGUCCAAAGAUCGACCUCCAGAGAAGAAGGAAAAGAAGAAGUCUGAAGGCACUGUCUUCACUGAAGAAGAUUUCCGUAAAUUUGAGAGAGAAUACUUUGGGACAGCGUAAACAAUGUGUCGGGGGUUCUUGCAGCUCCGGACUGUGCAGCUUAGUGUU